UCCAUUUCAGAGUCUCUCCUCAACUGGUUCACUUCUUUGCUUUCAUGCAAAAACGAUUUAGUCGAUCUCUCCAUAAUAUAUUCUCUUACUAGUUAAUAGCAUGUGGACAGCAGCAAGGGGCCUAACCAAGGGACUGUGGUCUGCGCACCUGAGUACAGCCUUAAGGACAACAGUUGCAUGCACCAUCGUGGGAUGCACCACCCUUUACGGCCCUGCGCCACUCAAGCACUUGCUAUCAUAUCCUGCCUUUUCUUAUGCGACAGCCAUCUUAAUUAUAUCGGAUGCUACGCUUGGACACACUCUUAGAGGAGCUUGCCAUGCUCUCUAUGCUACUAUUCAAGUAAUGGUCCCUUCUAUUCUGACCUUGUGGGUGAUUGGACCGGCCAGGUUGAACAGUGGCCUCGCUGCAGUGGCAGUGGCAGUCACUGCCUUUAUGGUGGCGUUGCUGGAGCCAAUACCUUUGAUGGCCAAAAGAAUUGCAUUUGGGCAGAUGGUGAUUGUGUAUGUAGGAGCAGUUAUUCAUGGUGCGGAAACGGGAAUAGUGAUGCACCCACUUCAUGUGGGUUCCUGUACAGCUCUGGGGGCUUUAGCUUCUGUUUUGGCUAUGCUGGUUCCAUUCCCUUGCCUAGCCUACUCCGAGGUCAGGAAGACAUGCAGAUUAUACGUUGAGAACGCUUCAGAAAGAUUGGAUCUCUUCAUGGAUAGUUUCACUGCCCAGGAAAACCAAGCUGCAACCAACUUGAUUUCUCAAGCAAAAUUCUUAGCGGAAACAGGAACUGGACACCUUCAGAAGAUCAAAGAUGCUCAUGGCGGUAUGUUGUGGGAGAAGCCGCAGAUCAGAUUCUUGAAGCCUAAAUCUAUGGAGCCAGUAGAGAUAUUGGAAGAAGUGGAAAUAUUGAUAAAAGGAAUGGAAAUGGCUUUGACUUCUUGCCCUGUGUUUCCUGUUAGCUUGAUGACUGACGAGCUUAGAGAAAUAUCAAUGGGCAUGAAAGGUAAAAUACGCCUAAAGCUAGAGCAAGCAAAGUGUGUUGUGCUUUUUGAUGCUGCAACAGCUCCUGAGUCGAUGGAGGAACUUUCAGACAAACUCCUGUGGACUCUCAAAACUGGUGCCACGACACAAGAGGAACUGCCAGCUUUCUUCUUGUUGUACUGUCUGGAACUUCUGCAAGGGGAUGCACCAAUCAGUCGAUGUCUAGAGUGCAGUGUGAGGAACACAGAAGAGAUAGAAGGCGAAGAGACCAGUGAUGUUAAAAAUCCAGCAAAGGGUAGCCUCAAAAGCACUUGUAAUGGCAUAAUGAUGAAACUUAGCAGCGAAAGAUGGAAUUUCGCGUUGAAGUGUUCACUUUCUCUGGGUUUUGCUGUGCUAUUUGGUUUAAUAUUCAACAAAGAAAAUGGAUACUGGUCAGGACUAACAAUUGCCACCAGUUUUAUAAAAGGAAGACAAGCUACAUUUACAGCUGCAAACGCCCGCGCACAAGCAACAGCUCUGGGAUCAGUCUAUGGAGUCCUGUGUUCCUUCAUUUUCCAGAGAUUUGUGGACUACAGGUUUUUACUUCUUUUCCCUUGGAUCAUUUUCUCUAACUUUCUAAAGCAUAGCAGAAUGUAUGGCCAAGCUGGUGGAAUUUCAGCUGUCAUAGGGGCUUUAUUAAUACUGGGCCGGAAAAAUUAUGGCUCUCCAAGUGAGUUUGCAAUUGCCAGAAUCGUUGAGACUUUUAUUGGAUUAAUCUGCUCUGUUACGGUAGAAAUUCUAUUCCAACCAGCAAGAGCAGCAACUCUGGCAGAAACCCAAUUUAUUUGGAGUUUGAGAGCACUCCAAAGUUGCAUCGAGGAUAUUGUUCUUUUAGCAGGCCAAAAGAGCAUGUCUGAAUCAGUUCCUCUAGGUUUAAGAGAAAAGCAGAAGACGCUGAAGUCCCACAUUGAUCAAAUGGGUAAAUUCAUUGGUGAUGCCACACUGGAGCCCAAUUUUUGGUUCUUGCCUUUUCAAGAAGCCAUUUACGAAAAAUUCCUUAGAUCUUUAAGAAAGAUGCAGGACCUGAUACUAUUUGCAGCCUAUGCUGUAGAAAUUCUUUCAGGAAUAUCAGAGAAGUUAGGACUAGAUUGGGAGGAGCUAGAAGAAUACAUUGAUAUUGAUCUAGAUCAUUUUCAGGAAAAAGUUAAAUCUUCUCUAAUAUGCCUUGAAGAGGUGCUUUGUGUGAAGUCUAUUGCAGUUUUUGAAAAUAAAUGGCAGAAGAGUCCUGAUAUUGAAUCCGGAAAAUCAGACAUUAAGGGUCUAGACGUGGAAUCAGUUCUGGAAAUUGUGAGUUCUUUUAUGGAAAACUCAAAGGAAGUAGUUAGCAUGGCUAAUGCCUCCAAGGGUGAGCAGAGGUUAAAAAAUCAGAUGAUAAUUUACUUAAGUGGUUUAGGGUUCUGCAUCAGCAAUUUGAUGAGAGAAACAAUAGAGAUUGGGAAAGGAGUAAAAGAACUAAUCGCAAUGGAGAGUCCAGCAAUGCAAAUUAAUUUGAAUGAAAUUCUAUGUAAAUUUAAGGAUUUUCCAUGCUAAAUAAAAUGGUGCUACCUUGUAAUUGAAUAUCAUGCAAUAAACAAUAUAUGCCAGAAAAUAUUGCAAUU